AUGUCAGACCUCCCCCCCGUGAAGCCCUCGGCUAUUGCUGCGGGUACAAUCUUCACCCACACUGCUUCUCUGGGCAUCCUGGCCCCUGUCUUUGGCGACACAUAUCAUCGGGCUCAAGCCGCCAACUCGAAGGAGGACUUUAUCAAGUCCAAGGAGGCCGCUGGCGCUGCCGCUGCCUGGGGUAGCUCGCUCGUGGGAAGCGCUGUACAGACCUAUGGAGUUGCGGCCUUGAUCAAUGCCACCGGCACUCUCAGCUACAAGGGAGCGGCCUACCUCGGUAGUUUGAUAUUCUUUGCUAGCUCCGCCCCCAGUUUUGUGAGCCAGAUCUUCACCGAGAAGAGGCCUCUCGACACUGUUGCUGUCGGUGCUGUCGCUAGAGUCUUCGAAACAGUCGGCCUGAGUUUGUUCCUCAGCUGGUGGGGUACACGCACGAACCCUUUUGAUUAA